AUGAGUGAAAAGGAAAAUCUUAAAGACAAAAGUCUAACAAAACUAGAACUUGAUACACCUAAUAGAUUUUAUGAAAAAAAAUUAACUCAACAAUACGAGUUAGAAAAGAUUAAGUUGGAAAUAGAAAAAUUACGUGCUGAAAAUGAAAAAGACAAGGAAGAAAAUGUGUUGAAUCUAAAGGAGGAUCAACAAAAGAUGGAUAAUAAUGAAGAUAUUAAAGCGGAAUUAACAAAAAUCACUAAUAAAGAAAUGCGGUACAGUAAAACAUAUUAUAAUGAUUGA